AUGUUGACCAAUUUAACGGUCUAUAGAUCUCACAAAGACACCUACAGUUAUCACGAGUACAUGAGUGUGCACUUUAAGAAUACUUGUUACAUCUCUUGGUUUGAAAACAUCUUAAAGGUUUCAACAGGACAAACUCAGGCAUUUAAACCCUUCUGCUCUCACACCACAACACAGCUCUUUAGAGCUGUCCAUUUUGAUUCCACACAUACUGGUACGCCCAUUCUCAACAUCUCAGUUACUGAAAUUUCUGCUUUCUAUUUGGUUGGGUUCCCAGGGCUGGAAUCCGCCCACCUUUGGAUCUCCGUCCCCAUGUGUCUCCUACACACUGCUGCCAUCCUGGGUAAUGUUCCCUUUUUCAUAAAACCGGAGCCUUCUCUGCAUGGACCCACGUAUUAUUUCCUCUCCAUGUUGGCUCUCUCUGACCUAGGACUGUCCAUCUCUUCUCUUCCUACCAUGCUAAAAGUUUUCUUGUUCAAUUCUCCAGACAUUUCUCCCAAUGUGUGUUUUGCCCAGGAAUUUUUUAUUCAUGAAUUCUCAGCUAUGGAGUCAUCUAUCCUUCUCAUCAUGUCUUUUUAUUGGUUUAUUGCCAUCUGUAGCCCUCUGAGAUAUACUUCCAUCCUUACCAGUGCCAGAGUCCUUCAAGUUGGGCUUGCUUUUGCUCUCAAGAAUGCUCUGUUGGUCCCGCCUUUCCCUGUAACUCUAAAGCACCUAUGAUACUGCCAGAAGAAUCUCUUGUCACAUUCCUGCUGCCUUCACCAGGAUGUCAUGAAGCUGGCCUGCUCAGACGACAAGGUCAGUGUCACCUAUGGUUUAUUUGUAGCUCUCACAGGACUCCUUGACAUAACGUUUAUUUUCCUGUCUUACGUGCUCAUCCUGAGAGCAGUUUUGGGCAUUGCAUCCCAAAGGGAAAGGCUCACAGUCCUCAGUCCCUGCAUCUCCCACAUCGGUGCUGUGCUCGUCUUCUAUGUCCCUGUCAUCUCCCUUGCUGUUAAGUUCCGCUUUGCCAACCAUAGUUCUGAUAUAUCUAAGAUCCUCAUGGCUGACAUUUUCCUGCUUGUGCCUCCAGUGAUGAAUCCCGUCAUAUACUGUGUGAAGAGCCAACAGAUAAGAAGCGUGAUUCCAGAGAAACUGUGUCAGAAACAAAGCUGA